AUGGAUCAAAGUGAAGAGAUGAGAGAUGACGAGUGCUUGUCUCGCUCAGCCUCGCCAUUGUUUUCUCCCAGUGAAGGAAAUGAUAGCUCUAAACAUUCGCUACCAAUUUGGAGUAGUCCAUCUCUGGAGUUGGUAGAUGAUUUGUCAUCUAACCAGGAUGUUGAUUCAACACCUUGUUCUAGUCCAACUGAAAUUUCGUCAAAUGGUAGUAAAGAAAAGAGAAUAUCGGUUGUAUGGAAUCAUUGUAAGAAACGAAAAGUUGAAGAGGACUUGGUUGGUGAGUCUAAACAACAAGUGAGUAUGGACUGUUAUCAUUUUGAUCCAAACUUAGUGAGGAGGAAGCUUACGAACAUGGUCAUCUUGCAUGAGUACCCUCUAAACAUGGUUGAACACAUUGGUUUUAGAGAAUUUUCAGCUUCUCUUCAACCAUUAUUUAAGAUGGUUUGUAGAAACACAUUAAAGAGAGACAUUUUUAAAAUUUAUGAUUAUGAAAGGGGGAAGACUUUUAUGGAGUUGGAGAAGAUUCCAAGUAGAAUUGCAAUCUCAACUUCAAUGUGGACUUCAAGCAACAAAAGGAGAUAG